AUGCUCACGCAAGGACCAGGCAAAGUAGCUUGGACUGAGAAAGAUGUGGAGACGGAUGCUUUGGCGAUGAAAGCCCAGCUGCCGGCGGUGCUUUUGAGUAUGAUUGACGAUGAUGGAUGGCAUGGAGGAGAGAUCGUGCAGCUAGAGUCUGAUAUGCACAGGCCGAGCUGUGGGGAAAUUGCCUUGAACUACCCAUACCUCAAAGGCCUCGUGCAGAACCAUCCUCACUCUGUUCCAGGAGGCAUCUACUUGACAGACGUUGUCUUGUUCCUGGACAGUCUUCUGGAUGGCAAGUUGCUGGUCCAGCGGGACGGCAAAACAAAGAAAGUUCUUGCAGGUGAAGAAGCUGAACGUCUCAAGAGACUUCUAGGAGCCCUCAGGGCACUUUGGAGGUCUUCUCCUGGUGGCGCGCACCAUCCAAGGGUUACCGAGCUCAAAUCAUUCUUGAAAGAGUCGCCAAAGAAAGGUCAAGCAGCUGCAGAUCAUGAACACAGUCCUGAGGCUCUUCCGGUCAUGCCAGCUUUGAAUGAUGAUGGAAAUGGGGUUGCCGAGCCAGAGUUCGAGUCAGCCAACGAGGAGUCAUCAGAUGGCGAGUCAGAUGAGGCGGGAGCCCAUGCUUGUAUUCAUCCUGUUGAACCGGGCGACAGUGCGCCUGAGUCUGCAAAUGAUGGAAGCAUUGAAGACGAUGGUCUUGCAUCUUCGGAUGAUGGUGACAGUGAGGCUGAGCGCCCUGCAGUACCAUCUGGUUCUGGAGAUGGCCCUAAUGCAAAGUUGCUGACCAAACGCACUUUGAUGUUGGGCGAGGACGACUCAAGUGAUUUGAGUGGUUCUGAUGCGAGCGACAAGUCACAACCUGGCACUCCGCUGGUGGCCAAGCCUCACGAGAAGGAAUGGCAGGAGAAUGUCGAGCUCUUCCUUUCCCCGAUGGCUGGAAAUUCCGGGCCAAGAACACCUGAGAUCAUCGACAAGUCUCUUGAUGUGAUGAGAUUCAUCCAAAACAACCACCAGUCCAUGUGUCGCCACCCAAAGUUCAUGCAAUACUUGCACCACAUCGACUGGUCCCUUGCCAGGUUUGGUCCUCGUGCAGCCUGCUGGCUUACCACUCCUGACCAUUUUGAUGAGAGCGAUGCAUCUGACAUUGACAAUGUCAAGAAAGCUCUCAAGUUCAGCAUGGAUGAGUCAGAGGCCGAGCACAAGACGUAUCAGCCUUUAGCGUCACAUGACUGCGGUGAAUUGGUCACCCCGCGGAGCUAUGGUUUGAUGUCGACGGCCUUGAAUGAGGAUAAGUUCACUCCACCUCCAGUUGGGAGACAAACAGCUGCUGGCAUGAAGAAGCAGCAGGAGGAGCUGGAGGAGUCCAAGCGCGCAGACUCCAAGACCUCCAAGGUCAAGGGAGUCAUCUCCAAGGACAAGUCCAAGUCCAUGGCCAGUACUUCCAAGGCCAGUACUUCGAAGGCCUGCAAGGAGACCUCUUCUCCGCUACCAGCUGCGCACCUCUUCAAGGGGUACAACUUGAAGGAUCUUGGUGUGCCACGUUGCGCUUGGCCAGAUGAAAGCAAGGCAAUCGAAGUGCUGUGCAACAAGCGCUGCUAUGUCAUCAAGCGUGUGGGGUUUGGAGCUUCAGAAGAGUACGAUGAGCCGCUUGCCGCGCCGGCGCGCAGCUGCUGGCAGCUGCACGUGGAGGCUUUGCUGACGUUGGUUGGAAUGAUGUUCAGCACCAACGUGCCCCUUACACCUCUGGAUCAUGUGGAGACCUUCGCUGGGGAGAUGGCGGUGACAAUUGGGGAAUGGCAGGAUGGGUCGAGGGGCUCCACAAAGCGCACGAAGGCGUGUCCGCUGGGUGAUGAUUCCUACCAGUCGGUGCGCGAUGCAAACAUGAUGGUGGCGCGCGUGGUGUGCUUGCUGGUCAUAGCAACAGCACGUCAGAUUUGGUGGGUGCUUGAACAGCCAUGCAAUUCUCUCCUUGAGUCCCACCCAUUGUUUCAACGAAUGUUGAGGCUGAAGGGCUUUCGCGUCAAAAGGCACUCGACAUGCAUGCUGUACUAUGGUGGCCCGACUCGGAAACCAACAUGGCUGUACAGUAGUAUUGCUGACCUGGCCUAUUACGCGGACAAGUCAGCCAAGCCCCAAACGGAGGAUGUGGAGAUGACGGUUAAAUACGUCGACGGGAGUGGGAAAUCUCGGGUGAAAGGAGGAAAAGAUCUUAAACAGUCGCAAGCAUAUCCACGCAGGUGUCUAGCCUUUGAAAUUAAAAGGAUUAAAGGGUCUUAUUGUUGGUUUUGA